ACACAUCGAUACAUUGAUACAUCAUAUGUUCAACAUCUCUAUUCACAUUUUUUCUGAGAUUGCGGUCAAGUCUUGGCGUCGGCUUCAGAGUUUUCUGAUGUGAAAUCGCUGCGCACUGAGCAGACAUAAUGACCACGAGCAGCGAGGAUGUGUUGCUGCAGAUGGGCGAGGUGCGGUAUAAGAAGGGUGAUGGCACCCUGUACGUGAUGAACGAGCGUCUGGCGUGGAUGGCCGAGCACCGAGACACGGUGACCGUGUCUCACCGCUAUGCCGAUAUCAAAACGCAGAAAAUCUCGCCCGAAGGCAAGCCAAAGGUGCAGCUACAGGUGGUGCUCCACGAUGGCAACACCUCGACCUUUCACUUUGUCAAUCGCCAGGGCAUGCCCGCAAUGCUGGCCGAUCGCGAUAAGGUCAAGGAGCUGCUCCAGCAACUGCUGCCCAACUUCAAGCGCAAGGUAGACAAAGAUCUAGAGGACAAGAACCGCGUCCUCAUGGAGAAUCCCAACCUGCUUCAGCUGUACAAAGAUUUGGUCAUUACAAAAGUUCUCACCAGCGAUGAGUUCUGGUCCACGCACGCCAAAGACCAUGCGCUCAAAAAGAUGGGCAAGUCCCAGGAAAUCGGUGUCUCUGGCGCAUUUCUGGCUGACAUCAAGCCCCAAACGGAUGGAUGCAACGGCCUGAAGUACAACCUCACCUCCGAUGUUAUCCACUGCAUUUUCAAGACAUAUCCCGCCGUCAAGCGCAAGCACAUGGAGAACGUGCCCAACAAGAUGCCCGAGUCGGAGUUCUGGACAAAGUUCUUCCAAUCGCAUUACUUUCAUCGCGAUCGCCUCACCGCGGGCACCAAGGACAUCUUCACCGAAUGCGGCAAGAUCGACGAUCAGGCGCUCAAGGCGGCGGUGCAAAAGGGCGCUGGCGAUCCCCUGCUGGAUCUGAAGAAGUUCGAGGACGUACCGCUGGAGGAGGGCUUUGGCAGCGUGGCCGGCGAUCGCAAUGUCGUCAACAGUGGCAACAUUGUGCACCAGAACAUGAUCAAGAGAUUUAACCAGCAUUCCAUAAUGGUGCUCAAGACCUGUGCCAAUGUCAACUUUGCGCCCUCCACCAUGACCAACGGCACCAACAAGGCCACUGGACCAGUAUCGCAAUCGGCGUACACAAACGGCCUCAAUGGAAAGGCGACAGCAACAGCAACAGCGACCUCAGGCAAGUCUCAACCCACCGAUGCACCAAUGGAAAAUGAUGAGCCAAAUGCGAAGAAGCAGCGAUUGAUUGAGAAGAUCCACUACGAAGACCUGGGCGAUCCCAUGACGGAGGGAAACGACGAGUCGUCCAAUGGCGACGUGGGCCAGCCCAAGCAGUUUGAGCUCUCCAAGGUGGAGCGCUACCUCAACGGACCCGUCCAGCACGGCAUGUACGAGAACCACAGCGAGAAGUUCAGCCUGGAGGAUGUGCAGGACAAGCUGGUGCGCAACUCCGAGUCCUGGCUGAAUCGCAGCGUACAGCGCGGCGUCAUCUGCCCCAAGGCGGCGGUGAAUGCGCUCGGAGAACUAAGUCCAGGCGGCACCUUGAUGCGUGGCUUCCAAGAGCAGUCGGCAGGACAGCUGGUGCCCAGCGACUUUCAGCGCGAAUUGCGCCACUUGUAUCUGUCGCUGUCGGAGCUGCUGAAACACUUCUGGAACUGCUUUCCACCCACCACCGAAGAGCUAGAGGCGAAGCUGCAGCGCAUGCAUGACACCCUGCAACGUUUUAAAAUGGCCAAACUGGUGCCAUUUGAGAAUCGUGCGAUGCACGAGCUGUCGCCGCUGCGCUCCUCACUCACACAGCACAUGAACCAGCUGCUGGGCACUGCCAACUCCAAAUUUGUCACCUGGAAGGAGCGCAAGCUGCGCAACAACAGAUAGCAGGAACCCCCCGCUGUGGGUGAACUCGAGCUUAUGCCACUCACCUCCCAAACCAUUAUUAUAGAAUAGGAAACAUAGCGAUAAGUGAGCGGAACGCAUUGGAAUAAAUCAUUACUUGAAAUCA